AUGCAACGCCCCAGCCCCUCGAGUCUACCCGCCGCUGAGGAUUCGAUCAACCUCAUAUCCCAGGAUAUGAGAACUUUGGUUAAAAAGAUCCAAGACCUUCGUCACCUGGGAAUAGAGGACAACAAGAUUGCGCUCCCGAAGAUCUGUGUCGUUGGAGAUCAAAGCACCGGCAAGAGCUCGCUGAUCGAGGGAAUGAGCGAGAUCAAAGUCCCUCGCAGUGCCGGCACUUGUACCAGAUGCCCGAUGGAAAUCAACCUGUCGCAUUCCGAACCCUCCCAACCGUGGACCUGCAAGGUUUAUAUCUCGCGAAAAUACAUGUUCGAUGGCAGUCAGAAGAUCAAAAUCUCGAAAAAGUUUCAGCUCGGCCCCUGGAUUGAACAGGAUCAGGAAGAUGAGCUUUUUCUCACACUCUCUGACAAGGGCGAUGUUCAAGAAGCGGUGAAAUGGGCGCAGCUUGCAAUCCUCAAUCCUGGCAGACCACCGGCGGACUAUAUACCCGGGCAGAAUGGAGGCACUGAUAGAUCGCACUACCAGGUGAAGUUCUCUCCCAAUGUCGUCCGUUUGGACAUUUCUGCUCCGGACUUCCCCAACCUUUCUUUCUACGAUCUCCCAGGUGUCAUCAACCAGGCAGAAUUCGACGAGGAAAGAUAUCUGGUCGCUCUCGUUGAGAACCUAGUCAAGGAGUAUAUCUCGCAAGAGAAUUGCAUUGUGCUUUUGGCGCUCCCGAUGACGGAUGACGCGACCAAUUCCAGUGCGGCUCGCAUCAUCAGGGACGUCCGCGGAGCAAAGUCGAGAACCUUGGGUGUCUUGACAAAACCCGACAGGAUCCAGCUGGGCGAGUAUACUCAAUGGAUGGAGAUCCUCGAGGGCGACAAAUUUUCACUCGGCCAUGGAUACUUCGUCGUCCGCAACAACAAAGACCCCUCCAUCGAGCAUGCUGUUACACGUGAGGAGGAAGCUGAGUUUUUCGAUUCGAGUCCUUGGAGUACUGAAUUGUCGGCAUAUCGCGAUAGAUUUGGUACCAGACGUCUCCAGGCUUCUCUCUCUAACCUUCUUCUGGAUCAGAUCCAGGGGUGUCUUCCUCGAAUUAUUGAGCAAAUCGACGAGAAGGCCAGUCGCAUUGAAACUGAACUGCAGGAGCUUCCCAGCCCACCGUCGACGAACGUGCCGUACAUUCUGUGUGGAAAACUCAACAACCUUAAGGAGCAGAUUCGGGCACAUAUUGAGGGCGGUUCUGGGCAGUAUCCUCUCCCAAAGAUUUGGCUUCAUAUAGCAAUGGACUUCAAGAGAGCGUUGGUCAAGACCCGGCCGACAGUCCAGCUCCUAUCUCCGGUUGAUUCCACGGUUAUGGCAAUGAAUCGUGAGGGAGACGAUUCAGAUUGUGAGAUGACUACUGUUCAACCUUCAGUGAAGCGUGACGCCUCGGGUGCCCAAAAGGCCGGCUCGCAAACUCCAAACGAGAUUCCUGCACGUAAAACUACGGGGUAUUCUACACCCCAUUUUGAUGCCUUUGACCGUCCGGCUAGGAUGUUCACCUGGGAAGGGAUUAGGGAAAUCAACGAGGAUUCGUAUCGUGCCGGAAUCCCGGAUCAAACCGAUCCUAAAGCCAUCGAAAUUAUGAAUCAGUUGAGUGUGGAACAUUGGCACAAGCCUAUGACUGUGUUUCUCAACGCCACUCAUCGACUCGUUAGAGACAUGUUGAUUCAACAGCUUGAAAGCGUGUUCUCCCAAUACCAUCGCACGAGCCUCUUCCGCGAACUUACACGCAUAAUCGACGGUUACCUACAGACGCUGAAGAACGAACAUUUCCAGCACGCCUUUGAGAAUUUCAACAUCGAGAAGCACAAACCCUUUAGCAUGUCCCAAUUCGCGCUUGAACAUGCCAGGUUGAGUGCAUACUCAUACCUCAGUUCUCGGCGUCAUCUGGAACGUGCCCACAAGUACCUGGACAUGCAGGAUAGACUUCCCCGGGAGGACCCGCGACGUGAUGCCGAGAUCAGAAAGCUCACGGAGGCCGAAUUGGGCAUCGACAUGUUCAUGCAGGAGCUUAAGAUGAUGGCGACUACUCGCGGAUACUACGAAGUUGCGAGCUCUCGUUUCGUGGAUUCAAUCUGCCAGAGCGUGUACACCAAGCUUUUCUUUAAAUGCCGUGAAGAUUUGAUCGGCGUAAUUGAACAGGAGCUUCGUAUUUACGAAGAAAAUGCCGUCGAGCGUUGUAUGGAGCUCAUGGCCGAGGAUCCUGAACGUCAGCGCCGUCGCCAGUAUCUUCUCAGAGAGAAGGAAAAAAUAUCGAAGGCGCAGGAAUGGUUAUCGACUGCUAAAAAGGAAGAGGAGCCUAUGGGAGAGACAGAGACGACGUUUCCAACUCGUAUCAAGACCGAAGAUUGGCCCGGUCUCCCUAUCAUUCCCGCUGCUACUGGAUAG